AUGACGUCAUCCACGCCCAGUGUCCUCGUGCCUGCACCAAACCUCGGCACAGCUGAACCGCCAUUGGCCAUCAUUUACAACCUUCGUUCUGGUAACAUUAGUGUCAAUCCCCUUCCCGCAAACUCGGAUUUAGCACCCCAGGAUCUCUCUGAAUAUCGAUUGACUGUACCUGUUACAACGGUCCAUAGAAAAUCCGUUAGCUUAUCAGACGACGAGAUGUUUCGAAGUUGGUCAUCGAAGCAAAGGCGGAAUCACAGAGGAGAUGAAACAGAGGAAGCACUAUCUCAAGGAGACAGAGGAACAAAAACACGAGGAAUACAACGCCAAGGAUUUGGCACAGAAGCAUGGCGAAUACAGAAUCCUACCAUGAUUGAACAGGUGCUUGAAAUGGAGGAGAAGCUUAAAACCACUAAUCCCUUCCCAAAUCCGCUUCAUAUUCCAGCUGGAAGUGUACAUUACUCCCCACCUCGUAUUGUAAAACCAAAGAAGGCUUCACAAAGUGCCAAGAAGAAGGCCUUUGCUCCAAAGGCAUUCACUCUCGGAGGGAGACGCAUUGAACCAGUUCAUUCUGAUGAGGAAUGGUUUUUGGAAAGAUUACUAAGGAUUUUUGCUCUUAUUGCAUUCGUGCUGACGUUGCCUUUCUCCCUUCUCUUUUGCUUCAAAGUUGUUGCCCAUUACGAAAGAGCUGUGGUUUUUCGACUUGGUCGAUUAUUCGCUUCAGAAGCGCAAGGCCCAGGUCUUAUUUUCCUUCUACCCUGUCUGGAUAAUUGUCGAGUGGUUGAUCUUCGAACCUUCACAUUCAAUGUCCCCACACAGGAGGUUCUGACAAAAGAUUCUCUCACAGUAGCCGUUAACGCUGUAGUCUAUUAUAGAAUCCGUAAUCCUGUUUGUGCUGUGGUGAAUGUAGAAGAUGCUAAUCGAUCCACGCGUCUUCUAGGACAGACAACUUUACGGAAUGUGCUUGGAACUGUUAAUCUGGAUGAGCUACUAACUGCCAGAGAAGACAUUGCCAUUCUCAUGCAGGAGUGCCUAGAUUCUGUUACAGAGGCAUGGGGCGUAAAGGUGGAGAGGGUGGAGAUCAAAGAUGUUCGACUUCCUAUCCAACUUCAACGAGCGAUGGCCGCUGAGGCAGAAGCAGCACGAGAGGCCACCGCCAAGGUGAUUGCAGCAGAGGGCGAGAUGCGUGCCUCAUCAGCCCUCAAAUUUGCCGCUCUUGAAAUCAGUCAGCAUCCAAUAGCGGUUCAACUGCGUUAUCUACAAACCCUCAACACAAUUAGUUCUGGUAAAAAGUCCACGAUUGUCUUCCCGAUUCCUAUUGAAAUGCUCAAGUUCUUCAUGGAGAGUGGUGUACCUGUUCCGGAGGAGCUCUUGAAAGCCGCUGGUGUAGAAAAAAAUCCCCACCCCUCGCUUACUCGAGAUGAUGACCUUUCUAGUCUCUCCAACGAGCAGGUCUAA